AGAGAAGAAGAGAGAACAGAACUGCUGGGAUUUCGUAGUGAGAGGACGUACAGAGACUUUCCUUAUGUACAGAUUACCUAGCAUUGUAUACAGGAUGUGACAGGAAAACCUUUGUGAUCAUGUUGCGAUAUGACCGAUGCGCAUUAAAAGGCUACUCUAUGGAUUACCUAUGCACCUUAGAAAAUGUAUGAAAGAAGCGUAUUGGAGAGCUUGGAAAACCUAUGAAUUAAGGAUUUGUCAACUGACAGCGGAUUUUACUACUGUGUGUAUAUCAGCCUCCUGUGUCCAUUCAGAGCAGCGUCCUGAUUCCUGCUGAAUUCCGGGUCCUUUAAUCAAGUAACGCGGAGGAGAGCUAUAAUUCUUGGAUCAGAAAAGAGCUCACUGCAUUUCUUCCUUCAUCAAACACAUUGAUAAAAACACUACAUAGCUUCAGUACAGUUUGGCAAUGUUUUUGAUAAGAGACUCUGGGCUUUUAAUCUGGACUCCUGUUUGGAUUAAAAAAAUGGAUUAUAUGAGGAGGUGUGCUGCCUGUCCUGGAGAUGACGAGAAAAGAUAAAUAACAAUCAUAUUGUACCCCUGGCACCAGCCCAUCAUAAGCAACGCAUAACUGACCCGUCUCUCUGGAUUGUAGUUCUUUCAUUUAUAUUUAUUUUUUAGCAUGUAAUUGUUUUUUUAAUGAAUUUGUAAAGUUUUCUUUCAUUGCUGAAACUGCCUGGAGUCUUCAACACCAUCUUAGAAAGCAAUUCACUGUGUAAUUCCAGAAGACAUUCAGCAAAUGUUUUGUUAAUCCAGAAUUUAUAGAAUUCUGUUGUUUUAUUACUAUUAUUAUUGUUAUUUUGUUAAUUUAUUUAUUUAUUUGCCAUACUUUCACAAUGGCUGCAGCUUAUAAACUUGUUGCUCAUAAAGUCACAUGUUAUAAUAGUGUAGUCUUGGAUAAGAGGAUUCAGAAUGUAAUUCAUUACUGCCCUGGAAUUUGUCAGGUUCAUAGACUUGGAGUACAGUGUAUGGUCACUCACCACAGUGUUUGCUCAGAGCUGCUCAAACCCCCUGAUAUAUCUUCUUUCAACGUUGGAGAUGUUUCGCGUAACAUACCCAGUGGAGAGACUGUGAUAAUAAGUGAGGACUAUGCUCAUCUCAAUCCAAGAAUAAAGAAGCCUUCUGCUGUCCAAUGUACUGCCAGCCUAAAAGACAUAACUGGUGAAGCUAUAAAUCUUGCCAGUGGUAAAACCAAGGAGUUCUCUUUUGAAAAGCUUAGAAGCUCCACAAACCAGCAUGCCAAUCUCAGGAAAGGAAGAAAGGUCCGCCCAGAUUCUUUUAGUAGAAAAUCUGCAGACUAUGACUAUAUCUAUGGUCAAUUUGCUAAUAAUGAAAACUGCCCUCCCUUUGGCUUUUCAACAACACAAGGGUUAGAGGCAAAAACAGCACUUUCAAACAGUAAUUCAUUUGAAGAUUCCAUUCAUAGCAUGAGUGCUUUAUAUUUGCAGGGGCUUUCAGAUGAAAACCUCAUUAAUCAGAUUCUCAAGAAACACAAGCUGGACAAUUCAGAAUCAGGAGAAGACAUUAAAAUGUGCCUGGACAUUCUACUCAAGUGCUCGGAUGACCUGAAGAAGUGCACCAAUAUCAUCAAGCAGUGCAUCAAAAACAGGUCAAUGGGAAUCUCUGGCAGCAGUAUGGGAGAAGGAAAAGGGUCUGAUCAUUUCCCAAACCCUGAGAUUAUUUACAUGAAUGUUAUGGCAAGACUAUCAUCCUAUUUGAAACAGCUUCCCUUUGAAUUAGAACAUGGACCUCAUGGGAUCCAUGAACGUAGUGAUCUAGCAGAGCUUGUUAGUAGCAUUCACAGUCUACAGCAGCAUCCCUUCUCCCCCAUAUAUGGUCUAGAGCAGCCUCCUAAGUAUGAAGAUGUUGUUCAGACACCACCUUCACUGACAGGCCUGUCUUUGGCCAGCACUGAACAUAAAGAAAAAACACCACAAAUUAGCAAUGCAGUUGAAGCCAUUACAAUAAAAUCAGUGCCUUCAGUUGCACCUCCUCUACCUGCUAAAACCUGGCAGCGAGGUAACCAAAAAAAUCAAACAGGGUCUGUGAAAAAUCGUUCAGCGCCUUCUCAUCAAGCUAAUUCUAUAGCUGACCCACCUUAUGGGAUGAACGUGGAAAGAUCAUCAAGAAAUUCAAUGGAAAAACUUUUCAUUGAGGAGGAUUCAGAUUUGGAACAAAAUGUAAAGAAAAGUUCAGCAAGUUUAUGUAAGUCUGGGUUAUCUGGCCAGUUAUUAACUGAAAGGGAAAAGCAACACAAAUCAUAUGUCAACCAUAACUCUGUUGAGGCUUCUGUGAAGUCUUCCAUUAAUUCAACAAUUUCUUGUUUUGGUAAUGAAGAAACAAGAAUGGCCAUACCUGCUUACAAUAUGCAUUCAUCAGCCCCAAGUAAGGCGCCCAAAAGCAAUGACCAAGAGGAAAUUGACAAGUUACUCUUGGACUUGGAACGUUUUUCUCAAAAAAUUGAGAGCACACUAAAGAACCCUCCAAUUUCUUCUGCAGAAACAUCAAAUGCACAAUCUGGAUUUGCUGUUUUCGAACAUGAAUCAAAUUUGCAAUCUUUCCCAGCAGUACAAUCAAAGGAAGCCAGUGGACAGAAAUUGGCUGAUGAUGAUCGCAAUCUUUUGGUACGCAUAUUGGGAAGCAUUGAGGACUUUGCCCAAGAACUUGUUGAAUGGCGCACAGGUAAAGGAACUUUGUCUAAGCAAAAAGAAGUUAUGCAGAUCCUCAAGGAAAACUUGGUUUCUCCGUCCUCAGUAUCUAAUCAACACUAUAGCCAAGACAUGCAUCCUGGGCCUACAUUGUUAAUUCAGCAGACCCCAGAAGUCAUCAAGGUUCAAAGUAAACAAGAGAAGAAGCCGGGUACCCCUCCUCCUGCCCCUGUGAACACACCCGUUAUACCUCGUCCAGUUUCUCCUCCUCCACCCACCACCGCAGCUGCCAACAGUACGCAACUCUCCCUAAACAUUCCACGUUUCUACUUCCCGAAAGGGUUACCCAAUCCCACCCCCGGCCUAGAAGACUCUAUUGCUGCAGCCGAAGCUGCUUUUUCCAGCAUGGAGGAUGAGAAGGCAGAUAUCUAUGAAAUGGGGAAGAUUGCCAAGGUGUGCGGUUGUCCUUUAUUUUGGAAGGCAGCCAUGUUUAAUGCAGCUGGUGGAGAGAGGACAGGCUUUGUAUCUGUGCAUUCAUUCAUAGCCAUGUGGAGAAAGUUACUACAGAGCUGCUAUGAUGAUGCCUCCAAAUUUAUUUACCUCUUAACAAAGCCAGGUUGCAAUUUUCUGGAACAAGAAGAUUUCAUCCCCCUACUUCAGGAUAUUGUGGAUACACAUCCCGGAUUAACUUUCCUCAAGGAGGCUCCUGAAUUCCACUCUCGGUACAUUACUACAGUAAUUCAGAGAAUAUUCUAUACCGUGAAUAGGUCAUGGUCUGGCAGAAUAACCCUCACAGAGCUGAGGAGAAGUAACUUUCUGCAGACACUAGCUCUUCUGGAAGAGGAAGAUGACAUUAACCAAGUGACAGACUACUUCUCCUACGAACAUUUUUAUGUGAUCUACUGCAAGUUCUGGGAGCUGGAUACAGACCAUGACCUCUACAUUGACCAGAAAGACCUAGCCAGAUAUAAUGACCACGCGUCUUCUCAAAGAAUAAUUGAAAGGAUAUUCUCUGGUUCAGUGACUCGGGGAAAUGCUGUGCAGAGAGAAGGAAGAAUGAGCUAUGCAGAAUUCGUCUGGUUCUUGAUUUCGGAGGAAGACAAGAAAAACCCCACCAGCAUUGAGUACUGGUUCCGUUGCAUGGAUCUGGAUGGAGAUGGAGUUUUGUCCAUGUAUGAGCUGGAAUACUUCUAUGAGGAACAAUGCGAGAAGAUGGAAACCAUGGGAAUUGAGCCAUUGCCUUUCCAGGAUCUGCUUUGCCAGUUACUUGAUCUGGUGAAACCAGAAACAGAAGGACACAUAACUCUACGAGAUCUCAAAAGAUGUCGAAUGGCUCAUAUAUUUUAUGACACCUGCUUUAACCUUGAGAAGUACCUGGACCACGAACAAAGGGAUCCCUUUGCUGUGCAAAAGGAUGUAGACAGUGAAAUUCCUGAACCUUCAGACUGGGACAGAUAUGCAGCUGAAGAAUACGAGAUACUAGUUGCAGAGGAAUCUGCAACCGAACAGUUAAGAGAGGGGUCUUUUGAGGAUGACUACGAGGGGGAAGAGAUCAACUCUGCUCCUGAAAUUGCAAACAAGAUGGACAAAUUAGUUAUCACAGACCUAACAGCGUGAACAGGAUGUAUCCACCUGUCCUUGGGCAAUCAGCAUGGCCAGGACCUGCCUAUAUUUAUGGACUAAAUCACACAGACUUUAAGGAUAAAUUUUAAAUAUAUUUUUAAAAAAGAUUUGUGAAGAGAAGAGCUUUGUUUUAUAAACUGCAAUAUGAAAUUUGAAAUUCAUAUUUUUUUUUCUCUGCAUCAAGGGUGAGUGUAAACUUUUUGGCUGUUUAAGAAAUAAGUAGCCUAUGUGCAAUAUGUCUUAAAUAGAAUGUGUUUUUGCAACAGUAGUGUCUUGCUCUAAAACUUUUCCUCCUUGUAGAUGUAUUUAUAUGUCCAUGUAAUCGUACAGUUUCAUAAAGUUUUAUAGUUUUCUUAUUCAUCAAUGCCCAAAUCAGGUUCUUGAGUGCCAAACACAGCCCGUAAUGUUAGUUCUCUGUACUUGAACCAAAUUCAGUUAUUUUGAUUCAGUCACGUGGACAGAGCUAAUAAAGUUCUGUUUUCUAUGAGGCCUUCAAGAUCAGGUUUGGGCACAUAUAGUAUAAGUGUUGACCAGACUACUUGUAUAGUAAUUUAUUUCAUCAGACCCAUUAGUGCAGGGGCUUAACUUCUGCUAACCAAAUAAACCAGAUUUUACAAA